GGACUUGCUAAAAAUGUCGGUCAAUUUGCGUUCGGUGUUUGCGUUUGCAAAAGAGUACCACCAGAGGAAAGAAUCUCAAAAGGAAAUACAGUAUGGAACGGCAGGAUUCCGAUCGCAUGCUGAUAACCUGGACUACGUCAUGUAUCGCAUGGGUGUGCUAGCCGCUCUUCGCUCGCGGGCGAAAGCAAGUCAAGCGAUCGGCGUAAUGAUAACGGCUUCGCACAAUCCGGAACACGAUAAUGGGGUGAAACUGAUCGAUCCGCUCGGUGAAAUGUUGGAGCAGCGUUGGGAGAAACUAGCCACCGAUCUGGUGAACGUUCCCGAUAAUGAGUUGGAAGCGCAAGUAGCGAAAAUUUGUGAAGACGAAGCAAUCGACAAUAAUGAACCGGCUAAGGUUUUUGUCGGAAUGGAUACACGCUACCACAGUCCGCAGCUAUCGCGUGCCGUCGUUAAUGGUAUACUUGCACUAAAGGGGAUGGUCACGGAGUUUGGAAUUGUGACGACACCAAUGCUGCAUUAUUUUGUAACGUGUACUAACACGCAGCAUGCGUAUGGCUCACCGACGGAGGAAGGAUACAUGAACAAGCUAAUCGCUGCCUUUAAGAUUCUCCGUGGAGAAUCAAAUGAACACGGCAACUACACAAACCAGCUGUACUACGACGGUGCCAACGGUGUGGGUUCGCUAAAAAUGCUCGGCUUCGUAAAGCGUCUUAAUGGAUCGCUCAACGUACGCGUUUUCAAUAGCAACGGCAAGAUCAAUUUCAAAUGUGGGGCCGAUUUUGUAAAAACGAAUCAUCGCGUCCCAGAAGGCUUGCCGGAGGAAGCCUUGUCUUGUGGGCGUUGUGUCUCGGUUGAUGGUGAUGCCGACCGUGUAGUGUACUACUUCACCGACAAAGACGGAGUAUUCCAUAUACUGGAUGGCGAUCGCAUAGCAACUCUGCUGGCCGGUUAUUUAAAAGAUCUCAUUGAAAAGUGCGGAGUCCAUUUGGAGAUGGGCCUGGUUCAGACGGCAUACGCCAACGGCGCCUCAACGGAUUAUAUUGUCAAUCAGAUGAAAAUUCCAGUCAGUUGCACCCGAACUGGUGUGAAACAUCUGCAUCACAAAGCUUUAGACUACGACAUCGGCGUGUAUUUCGAAGCGAACGGCCACGGCACAAUUAUUUACAGCGACAAAGCCAAGCAAGCCAUCCGAGCCGCAAGCAAGGACGAAACCCUAUCCCAAGAGCAACGCAAUACGGCGAAUCGUCUGUUGCACAUUAUCGACCUGACAAAUGAAACCGUCGGCGAUGCAAUUUCGGAUAUGUUACUCGUAGAGACGGUGCUUCACGCUAAAGGCUGGAACCUGGAAGAUUGGUUGGCAAGCUACACCGACUUGCCAAAUGUGCUGGAAAAGGUGAAUCUGACCGAUCGGAAUGUCAUCACCGUUACGGAUGCCGAUCGAGUGGUUGUCUCACCGACCGGUUUGCAGGACACAAUAAACGAUAUCGUUGCCAAGUUUCCGAAGGGUCGUUCAUUCGUACGUCCAUCGGGAACCGAGGAUAUCGUGCGGGUGUAUGCAGAGGCCGACACGAGGGCGAAUGCCAUUCAGCUGGCUUUUGAAGUGGCAAACGUUGUUUUCGACAAAGCAGGAGGAAUUGGAUCUCGACCGGUGAAGAUGGAAUAUUAAAGCUUUAAUGUCUCGGUUUAAAGAUGCAGAUGAAUUUAGAACGGGUUAGAUGUGCUGCAGAAACUGCCAACAUAUUUUGACUGCACAGCUUUGCGUUCAGUUUGAUAGCCGCUUCAAUUGAACAGAAGAUAAUUGUAUGUUUAAAGCAAUGAGAUUAUUAUUAGCUUUCCAUGUGCGUGAUCACAAACUUGCAUUUCCUACAAUCACUCGUUGGAAAACCUGAUUUCGGUCAAAGACAGAAUCUUACAUUUUAAAUAAUUAAUCUUAAGAUAUAAGAAAAUAUACUU